CCGCCGCCCCCGGCUUGCUGCGUCGCUGUCCCUCCUCGACUUUCAGUCUCCGCGGCGCUCACGCCCAGGCGUUUGCCCGAAGGCUCCCUCUGUCCUAGCUGGGAUCAGCUUCGUCCUCCCUGCCCCGCGGUCACCGGGGGUCGGGUUUAGGGGCAGCGCAUAGACAGUCCCUUUGCCCCCAGGGCCUUACGUGACGCGAGCUCAGGGCUCAAGGGCUUGACCUGGGCGGAGGAGCGAGAGCCUGGGGUCUCACCCAGCCGGAGAGACUGACAGGUGGAGGUGAGACAGGUGGAGGUGAAACCUGGCGUAGCCUGCAGUGAGAAGGGCACAGACAAACGCCUGGUGGCUGGGACAGGAUCCCAUGUUUGGGAAACUCUAGAGACUGUGUGCCUGGAUAGAGAGAGGGAUGGAAACUCCAAAGUGGGGGGGAGGUGCCCUCUGGGACAAGAAAUUUGGAGCCUUAACAGGGCAGAGGAAGGAAGCUGAGAGGAGUAGCCCGGGGAAGACUGGUCAGUAGUGACAGUUCACCACCCACUCCUCGGGGCAGCCUUCUCUCUGUCUCCCGCUGGGCUUGCUGGUGGGCUUCCUGGGUUUGCUGGUGGAUUUCCAGGGCAGUGCAGAAAAAACCUCCACAGCAAGCAGAACUUCCUUGCCUGUCCAGACCAGGAAAUACCAGAGUGGGUGCCAUGACAGGGUGUGGCCCAGGGGCCUGAGGGCCAGGUCUUUGAGAGGGCAGUGGAGGCCUCAGUGAUCCUGCCCAGGAGAGACCCAGUGUGGACAGGGCUAGGAACGCAGGGGAGAAAGCAGGUCUGGCUGCUCCUUAGAUUGCUAAUGUGACAGGGAGCUGACUCACCUAGGCACGCCAAGACUGGCCAGGUCUGUUCUUGCCCCACCCCAUGCUAAGCUUUCAGGAUGCCCGGGGAGGUAGGAGGCUGGGCCCUGCCAGGAACUUGCUGUGUGCCCUCAGGUGAGUUGCCUAGCCUCCCUGAACCACUCAGUUCAGGUGAGCCUGGUGGGGCUGGGAGCCAGAGACCUAGGUCUGAGCCUUCUACAUGCUCUACAGAUGUGUCUCUGGGCCCUCGUGUUCCUUCCUAGGCCUCAGUUUCUCCCUAUGUAUAGCAUGUGCACCCUCCCACUGGGUGGGUAUAGGGAGAGCUGUGUGUUGAGGGUGGGACUGGAAUUUGAGUGGGGAGUUUUCUACCUGGGUCCCCUCCUGUUAAGGCUCAGCAUUUCUUCCUCCCUCCCAUAUGUACUCAUAUAUCCUCAUGUCUGGCCUGCCCCUGCCCUCACUCUCUCUCCUUAUCAUUUCCAGAAUGAAGCGCAAAACUCCCUAACCUGGAAGCAGGUCCCCUUGGGGCCAUCAGACCAAACCCCCAGCCUCAACUGCAGCCUCCCCUUACACACUACCUUACAGCUGUGCUAAAUUUCUGGCCUUACUAUAGGGAGUGCAACUCCAUUUCCUAGGUAGAGUUAGAGAUCCCUUCGGGGUACCACAGCUAGAAAGAUCCCAACUGGGGACUGUAAGAUUCAUCCUGAGGAGCCCUAGGCUGAUUUCAGAGGACUGAGUCUCCAUACCUAGAGCAAUUUGUUUCUACCUAUUUAUCUUUUCUAGGGGAAACUGAAAUAGUUUGAAGCUCUGGUCUUGUUGGUCCCCCAUUUUCAUAGAGGGGGUGACUGAGGUCCAGAGAGGAGUUGGGCUGUGGAUAAAAUGGGCAUGGCCAGGACUGAACAGCCUGGUAGGGUCAGAGGAGGCCUAUGGGAGCCUGGGCCAUGGGUCCAGAGUGGGGGAGCAGCUGCCAGCCCUGUGGGGGUGAUGAAGGGGAAGGCUGAGGUGAGGAGAGGGAGAGAGCUCACUGCCUGAUCGUAGCAUUGGUUGCAGGUGUGCUGCCUGGCCCUCAUGUGAAUGUGGGGGUGCUGGCAUUCAUGAAUCCCCAGCAGCAAGUUAUUUAUCACAGGUUUUCUCCUGGCUCACCCUGAUCUGGCACCUAGUGCAUACCUCACAUCCUGGCUACAUCCUUUACCUUUAGUCAAUGUCCCCUCUCUCAGCUAAGACCCCCAACUGACUGCCAGCUGAGGGUGAGAAGGUCACCACCCCCAACAUACCCAACACACACACACACACACACACACACACACACACACACACACACACACACACACACACAAAGGGCCAGGCUUGCUGUGCCCCUGACCCCUUGCUGGGCCUUGCCUGAGCUGACCUGGAGCAACUUGACUGCCAGCAUAGGAGUGGGGACUGGGGCUGGCACAGGGGCUUGCAGAAGAAGGGGGCUGCCUCUAGCAACUUCCCUUCCUGCCUCUUCCUCGAAGAGCCUCGCCCUCCUGAAGCAGCAGCAGCGGCAGCAGCAGCAGGAAAGGUGGGGCAGGAAUGCCUGAGCCCGGCCCUUGGCCAGAGUUCUGAGGCACCCGCCCCACUCUGCCUCAGAGUUGAUUAGUUCCCUGGCAGUCAUGGGCUCUUCCAGGGGCCUGGGAUGACUUAUGGUGUCCUGGAGGUGGGAUAGGGGAGGCUGAGACCCCUUCCUAUUUACUCUUUUGGGCCUGCUUGCAUUGCUUGCCCAUCACUGGUUGCCUGGGCUGUCUCCUGCCCCACCCAGGUCAGCUAACGCCAGAGCCUUCGUAGUCUAAGCCAGGGAGAGGCAGAGUUUGAAGAUCUUGGACUAAAAGACUCUUGAGCUCUCAGCCCUGAGAUGUCCGGUCAGGUCACCCGGCAGACUUCCUCUGGGGAGACUCGAUGGAGAGGGGCAAGGUCAGAGGUCCACUAGACUUUACUCUGAGCCCUUGGGAGCCAAGGCCCUGAGAACGGCGCCCUGGCCAUGUGCAGCCGAGAGGAGGCAGAGCUGCUGCAGCUGGAGGAUUUCUUCUCGAACACCCUUGCCUGCAUCAACAGCCUUGUCCUCCAGCCCCUGCUCGCAGCUGAGCCCUCAGACGCCCAGGGCAGAGAGUGUCUGCGGCUCUUGCAGCAGCUGCACAGGAGCUCCCAGCAGCUCUGGAAGGAGAUCAAGGAAAGCCUGCGCUCACUGAAGGAGAGGCGGCGUAUCCCGGACCGCGUGGGUCUGGAAUCCCUGCUGCUGCUGCGCCAUGCUGACCACAUCCUGCAGGUCCACGUGGAGUACAUCGAGGCCUACACGAGCUGUGUGGUGGCACAGGCAUUUCAGAAAGCAGCAAAGAGAAGGAGCCAGUACUGGCAGAGCCAGCGGAAAGCACUGCGGCAGCAACUGUCAGGCGUGAGCUCAGAGGGCCCAGUGGGCGCCUCGCUGGUCCAGGUCCUCCGCCAGCCCCUCACCCAUCACGUGCAGCAAUAUGUGUGCCUCCUGCUGAGUCUUGGGGACACCAUUGGGGAGUGUCACCCAGCCCGGGAGCUGGUGGUGCAUGCAGCCACCGUCUUUGGGAACCUACAGUCCUUCAUGGGGCAGGCGCUGGACCAGGCUGUGGCCACACAGGUGCUCUGGUCCACACUGAGCAACCGGCCGAGGGAUGUGCUCUAUACCUCUUCUCGCCGACUCUUGCAAGACAGCCAGGAGGUACCCGUGACUGUCUCCCCGCUGCGGGCCGAACGCGUGCUGCUGUUUAAUGAUGCCCUCGUCCUGCUGCAGGGCCACAAUGUCCACACCUUUGACCUGAAGCUGGUGUGGGUGGAUCCUGGGCAGGAUGGGAACACAUUCCACCUCCUUACCCCAGAGGAAGAGUUCUCCUUUUGUGCCAAGGAUCCUCAGGGCAGCGUGGUCUGGCAGUGGAAGGUGACCCAGGCGGUAUGCCAGGCCCUGCGUGGGAAGAAGGACUUCCCAGUGCUAGGGGCUGUCCUGGAUCCCCCCAAGCCCCCCACCUGCCGCUCUGUAGCCUACACCUUCCGUGCAGAAGGCCGGCUGUGCCAAGCCACCUAUGAGGGCGAGUGGUCCCGGGGCAGGCCCCAUGGCAAGGGAACCCUGAAGUGGCCAGAUGGGCAGGAACACGUGGGAGAUUUCUGCUUGGGCCUGGAACACGGCUUUGGCAUCCGCCUGGUGCCCCAGGACUCUGAAGACAAGUUUGACUGUUAUAAGUGCCAUUGGAGGGAAGGCAGCAUGUGUGGCUAUGGCAUCUGUGAGUACAGCACUGAGGAGGUGUACAAAGGCUACUUCUACGAGGGCCUGAGGCAUGGAUUUGGGGUCCUCGAGAGUGCCCCACAAAGCCCUCAGCCCUUCAAGUACACAGGCCACUGGGAGAGAGGCCAGAGGAGUGGUUAUGGCAUUGAGGAGGACAGUGACAGGGGUGAGCGCUAUAUUGGCAUGUGGCAGGCUGACCAGCGCCAUGGUCCAGGGGUCAUGGUCACCCAGGCCGGUGUCUGCUACCAGGGGACCUUCCAGGCUGACAAAAUGAUGGGCCCAGGGAUCCUCCUCUUUGAAGAUGACUCCUUGUAUGAAGGCAGCUUCACCAGGGAUCUGACCCUUGUGGGGAAGGGCAAGUUCACCUUCCCCAACGGCUUUACUCUGAAGGGCUCUUUUGUCAGCGGGUCAGGGAGAGGACUGCACAUCCAGGGCGUGCUGGACACGGCUGCUCUCCCACCAGAUCCAAGCAGCACCAGAAAGAGGCAGCUAGGUCUGGGCUCCUUCCCCGUGGAGAGCCGCUGGCAGGGCGUCUACAACCCCUUCCGGGAAUUUGUGAGAGCCGGCUGCCCUGGGCAUCUGCAGGAGGCCCUGCUGGGACUCCAUGUGCCCAGCCAGAGGGAGCUGCGCAAGUCCCAGGAGUGUCUGUGCUGUGAGAGGACCCACCCUGAGGACAGUGCAGGCAGAAUGGAAGACAUCCUGGAGGAGCUGCUGCAGCACCGGGAGCCUGAGGCCCUGCAGCAGUGCCUCAGGAAGGCUCUGAACAACUCACUGCAUCCCCUCGGGAAGUUGCUCCAGACGCUGAUGCUGACCUUCCAGGCUACUUAUGCUGGCAUUGGGGCCAACAAGCACAUGCAGGGGCUAGCCCAGGAGGAGGUGAAACAGCAUGCCCAGGAACUCUGGGUGGCCUACAGGAGUAUGCUCAAUGUUGCCUUACAGCGCAAGGGCCUGGCGCCAGAGGAAGAUGCAGAUGCAGAGACAAGGGACCUGCAGGUGCAUGGCUUGGUGCUGCCCCUUGUGCUGCCCAGUUUCUACUCGGAGCUCUUCACUCUCUACUUGCUCCUUCAUGAGAGAGAGGACAGUGUCUACAGCCAGGGCAUCGCUAACCUGAGUCUGUUCCCCGACACCAAGCUGCUUGAGUUCCUGGAUGUGCAGAAGCACCUGUGGCCCCUCAAGGACCUCACAUUGACAACCAAUCAGAGAUACUCUCUAGUCAGAGACAAGUGCUUCCUGUCAGCCACAGAGUGUCUGCAGAAGAUCAUGACCACAGUGGACCCCCAGGAGAAGCUGGAGGUGCUGGAGAAGACAUGCGGGGAAAUCAAGAGCACCGUGUCGCGGGUGCUGGGCCAGGAGCACGAGCUGCCCAUGGAUGACUUGCUGCCGCUGCUCAUCUACGUGGUCUCGCGUGCUCGAAUCCAGCACCUGGGAGCUGAGAUCCACCUGAUCCGUGACAUGAUGGACCCCAUCCACGCGAGAGGCCUGUAUGACUUCCUGCUCACCGCCCUGGAGUCCUGUUACGAGCACAUCCAGAAGGAAGACAUGAGGCUGCACCGCUUGCCCAGCCGCUGGGACUCCAAGGAGCUCUGGUAGCUUGGCCUUUUCUAGAUUAACUGCAGAAAUGAGAGAGGCCGCGGUGGACUUCCUGGAGGAGCAAGCACAGCCCAAGGGGCAGUGGGCAAGAUGCGCCCUGGAGGCGGCACCUGGAGUUGAUGAGCAAGAGGGCAAGCCCGUGGCUGCCCUGACUGGGGUAAGGUGAGGGUGAUGGAGUGGCUCCUGAGCUGGUGGUUUCCUGCCGCUGGGCCAACCUUGGAUAUGGCCUCCUCGACCUGUAGUCGCUCACAGACUGUGGGCAAGGAGCCCCGGCUUCUUGCCUGAGCCUCAACUCCAAGUUAUUGAACUUCUUUGGGCCUCAGUGUUACCAUCUGUAAAAUGGAGGACUACUAGAUCAUCGUAUGGGACCUUCCAUCCAUCUGGCUGGGUUCUAGAAUUUUCUGGUGAUCACCUGAGCUGCAGACAGAGGGCAAGGGAGAGACUGCUCGCUGACAGUCCCCAGGCAGUUUUGUGACGGGCUGCAAAGGGUCUCGCUGGCCCUGACCUUGAGAGGACAACAAACUCCCCCAGAUUAAAUGGCUUACCAGUGAGCAGGUGUCUGAGUCACAUAUCUGACCACCUCCACUGGUGUCCCUGGCUGAGCAUUGCACCCCCAGGAUCUGGGAGAUGGUCUGAUCCACAGGGUCAGGUGGGAUGACUAUAGGGUAAGUGAAAUAGUCAGGCUUUUACACUGCUAGCCUCUGUAGCUAUCACCUGUUGCCUUGAAUGCAGGAGGCGCUUGGGAGCAUGGGCGCGGGGGGCACAGGUGCCUGAUUGUGGACACCUGGAGUAUGGUGUGGCAUGCAUAAGUGGGCACACCUGAGCCUGGAGGCAGAGCUAUAAGGGUGGCGUCACUUGGAGACAGACGGCUACAGUAGAACAGCUACUAGAGGGAGCCCACAAGAGAAGGCCAGAGAGAGCCCAGAAAGAAAGAGUAAAGAUUCGCUGAGGGUUGGGAGGCCGAUCAGCCUCCUGGCCCCGAGGCCUCCCUGCCUGGCCAGCAUGCAGGCUUGCCCUACAAAAAUUGACAUAGAAAGAGCAUUAAAGCCUGAAAAAACAAAACAAAACACACCAAGGCCUCCAGGGCUCUCCUUUAUCCAUCUGCCUGAAUCGAUAGAGAAGCUGGCCUGUGCCUGCUGGCACUGCAGUGACAUCCAGCAAUUUGUUACAUUUAGAGCAGUAACUACAGUUUGAACAGUAGCUACAGUUUGGAAAAAGCACUCAGUGCUUUUACUUGUUGUCAGUGUUUUUGUUUUGACAGAACUCCAGUGAUAAUAAGGUGAAGCCAAGAGACAUCACUCCAUUGUCUAGAAAACUAAUCUUGUUUCAUCAUUUUGGUGGAGACAAAUGUUCCUCUCCCUCCACAAGACCAUAAUCCUCAGUUAAAGGAAUGGGCAGUCAGGAGCUAGACUGAGGGUGGUGGUGAUGGUCUGAGAUAAGGGUCCCCAAGCAUUUUGAGAUGACAGGCCAGACCAUGUGCUAAGAGGGUACCCAGAGAGCACACUCAGGAGGGCCUUGAUGCCUCCCUCCACGCCCAUCAACACUUUGUGUCAGUCCCAAGCCCAGCAUGGACUGGACAUCAGCUUUUCUCCUGUGUCCAUGGAGAAGCCCACUUACCCAGGCCUGAGGCCUGUCCCAGCCUCCUUCCCUCCCUCCUGCUACCUAUUCUGCCCCGGCCCGGCUGAUACCAUAAAGCAGCCAGAGGGAGCCUUGUAAAAUAAGCCCUGCUUGUGAUGGCAUCUCUGAAAAUUAUCUGGAAUAAAGCUCAAGCUCUUGCGUUGGCCCACAGGGCCCUAAUCUCUCUGCCAGGCCCUCUGCUUCCCCAUCCCACCCUCUGUGUUCUCUCCACUCCCUGCUCGGACCAACUUUGCUGUUUCUGGGGCUCUUGCAGAAACCUCCCCACCUUAGGACUGCUGCUUCUGUGUCCUCUGCCUGGAUUUGUCCCCAUGCUUCCCCAGGGCAAGAGUGUUCUUGUCCUUCAGGCCUUCAGCCUAAAUACUGCUCCCCACGAGAGGCUUCCCUGACCCAGCCUGUCCACAGCUGCCCCUCCCUGCACUGUCAUUGUGCACAUGUGCAGACGGAGUCCUGGCUAAAGUUCCUGCUCCUGCUGGCCUGCAGGCCCCUAUGGGAGGAUUCCUUCACUCCAGGCACAGGGUUCAACAACUGAAGAAAUGACAAUGAUGAGCUGCAGCUCCCCACUGCCUUCUAUGGAACCUGCAUCUGCCCCUCUAGCCAGUCCAUCCCAAGUCAGGUGCUGGACAUCAAGUCAAUUUCAAUGAAUAAAUCAGCAAGGGCACCCAUGGAAGGGACUAGAACAUUAUUCAUAACACACCUGAGAUUGAGGAGCCAUGUCCUGGUCCCCUCAGGACCAUACCCCAAUUUUACACAGAAACAUUCCAUUCAUUCAGUGCAGCAGGCGGGGCAAGACAGGGCAAGGACGGCAAGCAGUGGAAAUAAGACUUGCCUGGCCCCGGUGUGGGGAGGAGGCAGCACUUUCCAGCCUCAGGGGCCUCCUUGCUGCCCUGGCACCAUGGGGAGGGGCAGCAAGGAGGCCUUGAAGCAUCAACUCUUUCCUCAA